AUGAUGAAUCCGAACAUCUACAACAUAAUAUUUAUUCUGGGCUUUUGGCGCCUCCUUCAAGUGUGUGUUAAUACCGAAAUGGUAUUUAAAACAACAAAUAUUGUAUGUACUGGAAAUCCCAAGUAUGUAGAAAAUGUCAUCUGUUCUGUGAAGGCACGAAAUUGGAAUAAUGCAGUUGCUUACAUGGAUUGUGAUUUAGUUUUGCCCCUUCAGAAUACAACGUUUCACCUCGAAGUCUUCAAGAAGGGAUAUAACAAUCGAUAUCAUCCGUUUCUGGUCAAUGUUAUGAUUAAAAUGUGCGACGUUAUGUAA